ACAUAAUUGUGUACAGACCGCGAAACACACUGUGUACAGACUGCUUGCUUUCGUUUGUUAGUGCUAAUUUGUGACAAUUUCAGGGUGUCUAUGGUGAUUGGAUGCUACUAGUGCUUACGCUUGUUCCUACAAUCACUUAAGUGCACUCCCAUCUCUGGUUUUCCAAAGAAACAUAUCGAGUUCUUCUACCAACUGUUUUCGUCAUGCGUUAUUUAGUGAUAAGUGUUGAGUUCGCUAAAAUUUCAGAUCCAAAGUUUUACAGUUCGUAGUCUGUUUUAAGCUCAAAUAUGUAUUAUCCAACUUUAGUUAUCGUAUUUUACCUAUGUUUAGCGGACGGUUUUCUAUUAGACGGCUCAGCCAACUCAUUCUCUCAGUUCAGAAAAUGGGGUGGUGGUACUAAUGGAAGCUUAGAGUUUGAAUUUAAGACAGAUCAACCAAACGGCUUGUUGCUUUACACCGACGACGGAGGCACUUACGAUUUUUUCGAGAUCAAGCUAGUGGAGGGAGCGUUGCGCUUGAGGUACAACUUGGGAGGUGGUGCUCAGAUCAUAACUGUAGGUAGAGACUUAAACGACGGUCACUGGCAUAAGGUCCAUGUUCAGAGACAUGAGGACAGGACGAUACUAACUGUAGAUGGGGUGUCUCAAAUGAGGACCUCCAGAGGAAAAGAGUUCAACUUCGGGCGGUUUACUACUAAUUCGGACGUGUUCGUGGGAGGUAUGCCGACGUGGUAUAAUACGAAGUUAACGUUGCUCGCGUUACCGAGUGUGAUUUUCGAGCCGCGGUUUGUCGGAGCGGUUAGAAAUCUUAUUUAUCCAGAUGCUGAAGGCGGCACACCGAGGCGGCAGGAAACCAGGCCUAAGGAUCAUAGGGAUUGGAGAAAAUUAAUGGAGCCGAAAGUUUGCGCCUAUCAUCUUAAGCUUAUAAAUUCCACAGUCGUCGGUAUCCUACGAAAACCAGGUAAAUGUCAAAAUACCGAAAUCGAGAAAAAACGUUUUUAA